AUGACUUUUAACAAAGCACAGGGACAAUCGUUACAAGAAUCUAGCAAUUUUCUGCCAUCAUUUGAAGCGAUUUCCUACGCUGUAAAGAGCAUCGCAACGAAACUUAAUUGGACUCAAGUUGACAUUUAUGUUGGUGAUGAAAAUUGGGGUAUGCCACUUGCCAUAGCAGCCAACUUGCAUAUACCGUAUAAAAUUGAAAUUGGCGAGGACUUACGUGACCUGCAUGCACAGGAUAAAAUUGGUAAAGCCAUUAUUAUCACGGCGGAUAUGAACGAUGCCAGCACAUUGCGCCUGCUGACACAGCUAGUCGGCUUGCGACACACCAAAGUACUACUCAUCGAUGUGGUGGCCACCUCAUUUAAUGCGGAAAAUAAUUUCUACAAGAAUUUGGCGCGCAUCAGCGGCAGCUCUGAACUCAUGUCCAAUCUACUGCUGCUCACCGUUUUGAGCGAUAAAUACCGCCACUUUCUGAAGGUCGCCUUCGAAGACAAUGGCAUUGGGUUGGUGCAGAAUUUCCGGCAAAUGCGACGUUGGAAGGCGAUGACAACCAAUGGAAAAGCCGGUGGUGGUGGUGGUGGUGGUGUGACGGAAGCAGGCAUUAUGAACUGGCCCAUACACUUGGAUAGCUCAGUGACGCGUGCCUUACAAGAGCACGAUGCUAUGGCAAUUGAGUUGUUAGAGGGUGGUAGUGAAAAAGCAACAACUACCACUAGCACUACGACGGUGCUUCCAACGCGUGAUACUUUAGCUGCCUUCGAUGAAUGCCCGCCGUUGAGUGGCCUUAACUUUGUUGAGAUUUGUCCGAAUAUUGACAAUGUAACGCGCAAUUGUGUGGAAUUUUUAGAUAAAAAUCGUAAAAGCAACAUCAAACGCAAUGGCAAGUUGUUGCAGCAGUUGCGUACAUUGCUGAAGCAACUCUGUCAUAUACAUCCGGUUACCGGACAUACAAGCGCGGAGCAAGCGCGCAUUGCAAGUUUACGGAAUUUUAUUGACUUUUUCCAUUUUUACGAUUUUAUAAUUAUCAAUGUUCGACAGCAGCUGGCAGCAACAGCGGCAAAACAAGUGCCAAAAACAACAAAGCGCGUGAGCGAACAAACCACACAGCAACAUGAAAAUGGCAACGGAAAUGCCAGUGGCAGUGACACCAAAAUUGGGAAUAUCAACGCACAAAUGCCUAAAUACGAUUUUAUUGUAUUGGAUGUGGUGCGCGACAAUGCGACUAGUAACAAUAUUAGGAACAACAACAACAACAGUGGUAGUAUUAAAACCAUAGGCACCACGAAUGCGGCAACAAUUGACGCCAAUGCUCGUGUCAAUGUUGCCGCCAAGUCAGCAGCGGAUGUGGAGUCAACAGCGUCAACUGAUUCAAUCAAAUGGCGUCCAUUAUUGAUUUUAGAGCAACAUGAAAUCAAUUUAAACACUUAUAUUACACAUUCCAUUCAGCCAGGCUAUGAUGAAUGGCUGCUGGUGAGAACUGCGCAGUUUUGGCAAUGUGGCGCUAUCUGUUGGACGAUUGUGGCCAUUUGCAUGGGGUUGCUUUUGAUUAUAGUGGCGGCGAGCGUGGCGGCAGGCAUUGCAAUGAGAAAUUACUUGCUGCGUAAGCGCCUUUCGAAAGGACCUAAUAAGAUUGUGCUUUCCGCUGAUGAUUUUGUCUUCCCAGUUGAUUCGCGUAGGGUCGAUGAGGGCAUCGAAGCGAUGCUCUGUUGUUGGCUACAACAGUUACAGGAGUUCGGUGGCCCCGAAGUGGAUAAGCCUGACUUGCUGAAAGGUUCAAUUGGUUCACUAAAAAACCUUGGCCUAAUCAUACCAGGCGCAGGCACAGCCACCGCCACUGGCGCUGGCACAACAACGGGCACGGCAAACGGCGGCAGAGGCACAUCGGGCACAAACAGUUUGGCCCGCCAUAAUCCAGCGCUGCUGGACAUGCGCGCACGCUACAAUGGCGACUUGGUACAACUAAAAGAGAUACCCUUAAGCGGCUCAACAGAGUUGAAGGCCAAAGCAAUGGAUCAGUUGGUGAUAGCGCAUGGCAUGCGACACGAGAACAUUAACCCCUUAAUUGGUUGGCUAUCCGACCCAAAUCGCACCGCCAUGGUGUUCGAUUACUGUUCACGCGGUUCACUGCAAGAUGUGCUCAUCAUGGAUGAAAUAAAAUUGGAUUGGAGCUUCCGUCUCAGCCUCCUGACUGAUUUGGUGCGCGGUAUGCGCUACUUGCACACAUCUCCGCUACGCGUGCACGGCACAUUAACAUCUCGCAAUUGUGUUGUCGAUGCGCGUUGGGUGCUAAAAAUAACCGAUUAUGGUAUCGCCUCAUUCUACGAGGCGCAAGGUCUACUCCCACCCGCACGCACCGCCAAGGAAUUGCUUUGGACAGCACCAGAGUUGUUGCGUUCAAUGAAAGUACAUCAUAAUCACCAUGGGCGCGUAUUGGGCACACAAAUGGGCGAUGUCUAUUCAUUUGGCAUCAUCAUGCAAGAGGUGGUGGUGCGCGGGGAGCCCUACUGUAUGCUGUCGCUGUCGCCGGACGAAAUAAUAGCGAAGAUUAAAAAGCCACCACCGCUGAUACGACCCUCUGUGUCGAAAGGCGCAGCACCGCCGGAGGCUAUCAACAUUAUGCGCCAGUGCUGGGCUGAACAGCCAGACAUGCGACCGGACUUUAAUUCUGUGUACGAGCGUUUCAAGAUGCUCAAUCAUGGACGUAAGGUGAAUUUCGUUGAUACGAUGUUUCAGAUGCUCGAAAAGUACUCGAACAAUUUGGAGGAACUGAUACGGGAGCGCACGGAUCAGCUGGAUAUUGAAAGGAAAAAAACCGAGCAGUUGUUAAAUCGAAUGCUGCCGAGUUCGGUAGCGGAAAAAUUGAAAAUGGGUUUGGCUGUUGAACCAGAGGAAUUCUCCGAUGUGACAAUAUAUUUUAGUGACAUCGUUGGUUUUACAACGAUUGCCGCGCACUGCAGUCCUGUACAGGUUGUCGAUCUGCUAAAUGAUCUCUAUACCAUUUUUGAUGCAACGAUCAAUGCAUACAAUGUGUAUAAGGUGGAGACAAUUGGCGAUGCUUAUAUGGUUGUCAGUGGCCUGCCAGUCAAAAUACCCGAUCAUGCCGAACAAAUUGCCACAAUGGCUUUGGAUUUGCUGCAUCAAAGUGGCCGCUUCAAUGUAAAACAUUUGCCGGGCGUGCCAUUGCAGCUACGCAUAGGACUGCAUACAGGUCCCUGCUGCGCGGGCGUGGUCGGACUUACUAUGCCACGUUACUGUCUCUUCGGCGAUACUGUGAACACAGCGUCACGCAUGGAAUCAACUGGAUCCUCUUGGCGCAUACACAUGUCACAGGAAACUCGCGAUCGCUUGGAAGCACGUGGUGGCUAUACGAUAGAUCAGCGUGGAUUGAUUGAGAUUAAGGGCAAAGGUAUGAUGAACACAUUUUGGCUACUAGGCAAGAAGGGGUUUGACAAGCCAUUGCCUGCACCACCGCCUAUUGGUGAAUCACAUGGCCUCGAUGAGUCACUCAUUCGCAACUCAAUUACACUCAAAGCGCAAGCGAAUAAAUCGCGCAACAGCACCAACCCCUCUUCAAGCCAGUCUUCGUCACUGGCCGGUGAAUCGGUCGAAGUGAAAGUGGAGAUCACCCCUCCCACCAAUGCGGACGUUUGUUCAUCGAACAUGCCCAACUCUUACUCGCUCGACUCCACCUCGACCAACACGAUCAGCCCAAAUAUAACACUUUGUCCCGAAUUCCCCACGAAAACACCAAACGCCAGCCCCCAGCCGCGCAAAAUGUCCGAGCUCACGCCCGAGAAUCUGCUCACGCCUAAUACUUUCAAUCGUCUACCCAGCUCUACAGGCGGCUCCUCGUCACGCUUGUAUAAAAAAAUCGAGGAGAUGAUGGAUCUUAGUUCACCCUAUAACCACUACAAAUGUCUCAGUCCCAGCGAAAGUAACCUAACGCAGUUCUACGACGGCAAGUAUCUCUACAGCGGCGGCGGUGUUUGUAACGCUGUUGGCGGCGGUAGUGGCUCUGGCGGUGGUAGCGUACACAGCAGCAGCGUCAAAUUCGAUUCGAAGCCAGGCUCAAGUCGUCUCUUGCGCCGGCAAUUCAGUCUCGAUCGCGACGAUACGCAAACUAAACCGGAACAUCAUUACCAUCAACAUCAUCAAAACUCACUGCAGGCCACACACGCAAUGUCGCUCUCGAACAAAUCCUCCAUGUUGGACAUACCUAUCUUACAUGAAACCUCACGCAGUCCGAAGGGCACCUUGACACGGGCACACAAACAGAAUUCCACCUCAAUCACACAAGAUCUUGAGAAGAUUGAAGAAAUACCACUUUCGCCUGCAUCCUCACAACAUCACAGCAGUUUGGACAGCAAUUUGAAUCGCAGUCCACCUUCGACGGUGGAAGCACAAACACCACCAAUGAGUGCGACAUUAGCAGCCGCGUUGCUGUCGGCGCCCACCUCGCCAGCGCCAUCCCGCUCAUUAAACGGCGUCGGUUAUAGUGUUGUUGGCGGUGCAGUAACGGAAAGUCCCACCACGGAUGCCUCGACGGCAACCACGACGGCUUCGGUGAAUUCGAGCAAUACGACUCCAGGUGAGGAGAGUGAGUUGCGACGCAAUGAACUGACGUUGAAUGUGGAGACUUUGCUCAGCAGGUAG